AUGGGAUUAUGUCGAGAUAUUCUCCUACGAUUGCCAGCUGCUGGUGAACCUCCUACCUUGGAUGGGAAGACCCCUACGAAUAACGCCCAAGAUUCCAAUAAGAAGGAUAAAAAGGAUAAGGAGAAGGAGAAGGUCUCUGAGGACAAGGACAAGAAUUCUGCCAAGCCGGAGAAGAAAGGUAAUAACGCUGCCAAAACGUGUUAUCAUUGCCAAAAGGUUGGCCACGUUCAAACAGAUUGCUGGUCGAAAUUUCCCGAAAAACGCCCUACUAGCCGCGGCGGAGAGAAGGUUUAUUCUACUGGCCAAACUGGCAAAGAUACCUGGGUCCUGGACUCCGGAUCAGGAGCUCACGCUACGCCUUGCAAAGAUCUCAUAUCGAUAGUGCCGCAGAAGGUUAAUGUCAUAUUGGAGAUGGCCGACGGAUCGACGGCUCCUGCAACGGCUAUAGGGAAGGUGGAUAUACCAGUAGAAGGAGCGAAUCUGCCGCUGCAGGACGUCCGCUACGUCCCCAAAUUGGAGGUUAAUCUUAUGAGUUUUGGAAAGCUCGUACGCCAGGGCUAUACUUAUAAGCAACUAACCUACGGGAACACUCAUUCGAUCUUGCUAACCUCUCCUGACAAGAUGUUCAGUUUCACUGCCAAUUUGAGUGAUAAGGACAUCUACGUUCUUGAAAAACCACCAACGGUUAGGGAUCUGAUUCGAUUCGCGAUGCCUAAUGGCGAAUUUGAACCUGCGAAUAUCCUACGGCCCGCAGAGGGAAAAGAGGAUCCCCUGCUGGCAUUGCCCAAGAAGGAUGUCAAAAUUAUUGAACACACAAUGUUGCAAUGGCACCAAAAGCUUGGCCAUCUCAACCCCGCGGAUAUCGCUAAAUUAGCGGCAGAUCCACGCCUAGGAAUGAGGAUCAAGGGUGGCAGAGCUUUGCCAUUCUGCAAGACCUGUGUACAGGCAAAAAUGGCACGUCCAACAUUCGCACCGAUGACGAGGACUGUCAAACCCGCGAUGAGAUUCUUCGUGGACCUUGCGGGUGGCGGUCGUACGCUAUAUGAUGAAGCCAACCUCCCUACUCAGGGGGGAGCUAAUUAUUGGAUGGGCAUUACGGAUGACGCCACACGCUACAGGUGGAUUAUCCUUAUGAUGUCAAAGGGUGAGGCCACUGCGCGCUUGAUGAUCUUUAUCGACGGAAUUGAAGCAACUACUCAACGUCGGAUUGGAACCUUACACUGGGAUGGCGGAGGCGAAUUUAAGAGCGACGAAUUGAAGACCUACUGCCAGCGAAAAGGAAUUGCAUACGAGAUCACUACGCCUGACACGCCGCAGUCCAACGGCCCUGCGGAACGUGCCAAUCGUAUUGUAGGUGAGAAGACCAGGAGCUUGCUGUUCGAUAGCGGGCUCGCGAGGGAGCUUUGGGGUGAAGCUAUCCAAGCCGCGGUCAUGAUGAUCAACACGUCCCCAACGUCAACGAAGAUUUACGGAUGCCAGGGGGGGACCCCAUUAUCCCCUUUUGAAGCUUGGACGGGAGUUCAACCAUCUGCUCAUUGGAUACGCAGAUGGGGUUGCAAGGUGUAUAAGAAGGACCUGAAGGUUACCAAUAAGCUCGCGGAUAGAACUGACGGCAAGGAAUGGCGGUUAGUUGGCUACCAAGGAUUGCACCAAUAUCGUAUCUGGGAUCCUGCGACCCGUAAGCUUGAGAUAGCAAAGGAUGUCGAAGAGGAUAAGCUCUACUUAGGGAUGGAAGUCAAACGCCAAAAGAAUGGAGAUUUAGCGGUCACGCAGAGCCGUUAUAUCGACGAGAUCCUCGAAGAUUUUGGAAUGGAUAAGGUCAAUCCGGCAGGGACCCCUAUGGCGGCGGGUAUACGGCUCGAAUUCUCCCCUGACGAAGACGGAGGUCUAGAUGACGAAUUUACCCAUACAAGAUACCGUCAAGGACUGGGUUCGUUGCAAUAUUUGGUUACGAGUAGCAGACCUGACCUAGCGUUCGCGGUCAACUACUUAUCAAGGUUCAAUUCUCGUCCGAAUAAGGAUUGCUGGGCGGCGUUCAAGCACGUCCUACGCUACGUCAAGAAAACGAAGAAGAUGGGUAUCCUAUAUAGAAAGGAGAUAGGGAAGGACGGGUUAAAUCCUGUUGCUUAUUGUGAUUCGGAUUGGGCGGGCGCGGACCCCCAAUUCAAAUCGACAUCCGGCUACGUUAUAAUGAUUAACGGGUCCCCUAUUUCAUGGCGUUCGCAGCGUCAAACCUCCACUGCGAAAUCGACCACGGAGGCCGAAUAUAUUGCUGCCAGCGAGGCUGCGUGCGAAUUGGUCUGGCUCAAUGACAUGCUGUAUGACGCCGGAUUACUGGAAGGAAAGGGAAAGAUCUGCUCAAAUCUGCAGGUUGACAAUAAAGGUGCCAUCGAUCUUGCGAAGGGGGAGUCCCUAACCAGACGAUCAAGGCAUAUAGAGAUCCGCUACCAUAUCCUUCGAGAACUUGUUGAAAAGGAUGAGAUAGAGCUCCUCCACGUUGGUUCUACUGCCAAUAAAGCGGACGGAUUUACGAAGCCUUUGGCGAAGCCCGCAUUCGUUGAUUUCGUUGAGAAGUUAGGAUUGGCGGAGAUUAAUUGA